GGGAGAGGAAGCUGAAAAAGGAGAAGAAGAAGCAGGAGAAGAAGCAGGAGAAGAAGAAGGAGGAGAAGAUUCUUAGGCCUUUUGUGCUUUAUUUCUCCAACGUUCCCAGAAAACCCAAGUCAUGAAGCAACACUUCAACAGUCUCGCCACAAACCAGACUCAACAAACGCUUUGGCCCGAAGCUAGCCCACCUCUCAGAACACCCGGGGCUCACCGAGGAAUUGGACUAUCUGACACAGUUCGGUGUACGUGGAUCCCUCUUCCUACCAUAUCAACAUGAAGUUCAUUGUCAAGACAACACGUGCAUACCUUCAUGGGCCUAACAUUUUGGGCCUUUGCUUAAUUUUCUCUCUUCUUCUUUUUUUUUUUUGCUCUGCAUGAGUAGACCUUCUUACUAAUACCCUGAAAAAAUGAUUUCAGAAUUCCUCUUUGUGCUAUGCCAAGAGUAAUUCUUUGUAUGGGCCUUCUGCUACUUGUCUCAGAAUUAGCUUUCGAAACGUAGCGCCUUCCAGAGAACAAGCACACAAAUAAAGAUGAAUAGCAGAGACCUUGACCGAGCAGCAUCGGUUUCUUAGCUUUUGGUCUCUCCUAUCUGCCUGAACUCAUGUAUCUGUCGCCACAUCCGAAUCCUCAGCAGAACUUCUGUCUGCAUCGGGGUGGUGUUUCCCGUUUCACUGAUGAUUUGCUCUGUGUUUUCAGAUGACACUGAUGGUCUUGUUACGUCAUGUUCUGUAUCACACACUGCUGUGUGCGUCAUCUCGGAAGCCUUACUCGGCUGUAACGCGAUCACCCACACGUGUGGGGAUAACAGUGAGGACAAAUAAAUUUGCAGCCCAGGGCCCUUCACACGUUUUUGCGCUGAAGGGCACGGCUGCUGCUUUUUCUCCUGCCGCUGAUUGAUUUGCAGCUACGGCUGCUCGUGCCAAGCCGGUCCUGUAAUUUUGUCUCCUGAUGGCAGAGUGUCUGUUGCCGGAGCUGGGCCGGCCGAUGGCUUGUUCGCCAGUGAGUCCUGGGAAAGAGGACCAUUUUGGGUAAAGAAACAAGCCAGAACCCGAGAGUGGAGAACGGCCUAUGCUGACCACAGUUUGUAACGAAUUUCCUCUUGGAAUCUGCCCUGUGGCUUAGCUUUCAAACCACAGGUUCAUCUUAUCCAGGAAAACAUGGCCUCGGCGAAGCUGAGGUGGCUGUACAUGGCGCUGGUGGUGCUGGGCGCCCUCUGCUUGUACUUCAGCAUGCAUGACCUGGCCCUGUUUAGAGGAGGGCCAUUCAUUUUCAAGAAGGAGAGCGGGAGGUUCCUCCAGCUCCCCGCCGUGGACUGCCGGCGGGACCCCCCCUUCCUGGUCCUGCUGGUGACGUCCUCCCACGAGCAGCUGUCUGCGCGCACGGCCAUCCGGAAGACGUGGGGCAGGGAGAGGGUCGUGCGUGGGAAACGGACCGAGACGGUCUUCCUCCUGGGCACCACCCCCAGCGAGGCCGCGGCCCUCGCGGUGGCCCAGGAGGGCCGGCGGCACCGCGACAUCAUCCAGAAGGACUUCCUGGACGUGUACCUGAACUUGACCCUGAAGACCAUGAUGGGCAUCGAGUGGGUCCACCACUUCUGCCCGCAGGCGGCCUUCGUGAUGAAGACGGACUCCGACAUGUUCGUGAACGUCUCCUACCUGGUGGAGCUGCUGGUGCGGAAGAACCGCACGGCCCGGUUCGUCACCGGCUUCCUGAAGAUGCACGAUCUCCCCAUCCGAGAGAAGCGCAGCAAGUGGUUCGUCAGCAGGUACGAGUACCCGUGGAACAAGUACCCGCCCUUCUGCUCGGGCACCGCCUACGUGUUCUCGGGCGACGUGGCCAGCCAGGUGUACAACGUCUCGGAGAGCGUCCCCUUCCUCAAGCUGGAGGACGUGUUCGUGGGGCUCUGCCUGGCCAAGCUGCGCAUCAGCCUGGAGGAGCUGCACUCCGAGCAGACCUUCUUCCCGGGCGGCCUGACCUUCUCCAUCUGCCGCUUCCGGAGGAUCGUGGCCUGCCACCACGUGCAGCCCCAGAAGAUGCUGAUCUACUGGAAGGCCCUGGAGGACUCCGCGGGAGAGGAGUGUCCAGCCAAGUGAGCGGCGCAUCUGGACCCGCAGCAGACAACCGGCGGGGAUGUUUGUGAACCAUCUCUGGACGGCCUCGCUGAGGACGGUCAGGGUCUCCGGAGGGGGCGAGGCAUGGAGGGCGAGGAAGGAGAGGGGAGGGGAGGAGGGAGGGGAACCGUGAUACCAGUUUUCCAAAUCUGAACUAGAACGCAAGCUCGAAUGAAACCGCCGAUUCAUUUCGAGUUAGUGCCCGAGCCAUAGCAGAUCCCACCUCCUGCGUCCCUACACCCUUGCACCAGGUGUUCCAUGCGCACCUGUGUCUUCUCAGGUUGGGGGCCAGCAUCCAGGUGAGGUGGGGCUGCUGCCAUUCCCAUUGACACAGGCGGAAACGGUGGCUUAGGGAGGUCUGGGAACUUGCCCUCAGGCUCACAGCCAACACACGCCGGAGCAGGGAGGAAACCUGAAGGCCAUCAGAAUCCAGUCCCUCCUGCCCCGCUCCUGUGCAACCCAGCCCUCCCUUGGGAGAGGACGCGGUGAGGAGGCUCGGAGCGCAGCCUCGCUGAUGGCACCCUCUGUCCAUGUCGGAGUAUCUCCUCAACUCCUGACCCUUGUGCUCUGUAGUGCUAACGCUGCCCCCCAGCUGUCUUCUGGGUGA